AUGCGGUUCACCACAGCUGUCAUCUCUACCGUUGCGGCCCUGGCUCCUCUUGUCAGCGCUGUCGGUAACGCCAAGGUUGUCAACAAGUGCGGUUUCCCCGUCUAUCUCUGGUCCGUUGGCGGCUCUGUCAGCCAAGAGUACACUGUCGCUUCUGGCGGUACCUAUUCUGAGGUUUUACACCAUGAUCCUGCCUCCGGUGGCAUCGCCAUCAAGCUCACCACCGUCGAGAAUGGACUGUACAACGGAAGUCCCCAGACCAACUUUGCAUACACCCUCGACGGCCAGCAAGUCUGGUACGAUCUGUCGGAUGUCUUCGGCGAUCCCUUCUCUAACCAUGCAAUUGGCGUCAAAGCAUCGGCAAGCUGCCCAAGCAUCUGCUGGCCAUCUGGUGUUGCUACUAGUGGAGCCAGUCAAGUCAAAGUUUGCGAUUCCAACUCAGAUGUCACCUUGACUCUUUGUUCGGGUACUUGCUAG